GAGUUCUCAUCUUUUUUUUUACUCACUCCACACUUCGCUUGAUACCCUUUUCUCAACUUCGUCCACUUACUAUUUAUUCAUGCAUUGUGUGAAAAGUUAUCUAUCCUAUUUCUGUCUUAAUCUUCCAUUUCAAUUGUUUAUAACUACAUCCGCAUCAUAUCCAGCAAGCCGACUUUUUACUUUUUUACCAUACCCUGUUGACCCCUCACUGCUGCGUAACUGCUGCCUACCUGUCGAGACAAGUCAUUCUGAACAUUCUAGGAUAUAUAUAUAACACCACCUAUCCACACAUCCUUCAAUCAUAACAACUAUCUGAUAUCCUCAAAACCACCUUCUUACACAUAAUAAAGAAUCCGCACAAUGUCAUGGAUAACCAAAAACUGGAUCGCACGAUACUUAAAACCAGGCCACAAAUUCCAAAUCGGUAAUGACCUCUGGCAACUUUCCGGAAAUCCAAUCAAUGAAGCCGAAUAUGAAGAUUUUUCAAGAGCUGUAUAUAAAUGCAAACUUUUAGAGGAAAGAGAAGGGAUUAUAUCUCCUGCUGUUGUUAAGAUAUGGAUGCAGUAAGUGGAAGCUUUUAUGUAUACACGCACACAUAGAUGUCUUUAUUUCUUAAUUAUCUUGUUUUGUGUUGAGGACCGGGAGUAAGUUUGAGGAGCAAGUUGUUAAUAUUUGUUUUAGGACUCCGGAGAUAAAUACUUAUGAUGGUUGGUUUUAUGCCGGCGAAUUGUAUGAUUUGUAUUUGGCGGAGAAUUUGAAUAUAGCUGGGACCUCGGAUGGUGCUAGUCAUUUCGACUCCUUUGGAAAAUUCGUUGCAGCUGGCAAUUCGGAUAUCGCUAAUGAUUCUAAUCUCACUGGACAUUCAGACUCUACUGUUGGAUUGGAUUCAGAUGGUCAUUCAGAUAUCGCUAGUCAUCCAGGCUCCGACAGUCAUGCAAAUUCAGUUAACCAUUCAGACUCUGCCUGCAACUCAAACUCCACUACUCAUCCACUUUGCACCAGUCACUCACCCUCCCCCAACAACCCCAACGUAGAAAUAACCAGCCCAGAAACCCAGCACUCCGAACCCUGGACCUCCGAACUAACCUGCUUAAACCUCCUCAACGAAUCUUACUCCAAACUCCACCACACCACCAUCUCUAAAGAACCCUCCAACCCCCCACCCUAUAAUUACAAACCCUUCCCCUACGCCAUAGGGCUAACACAAUACAAACAACCACGCAAUUUUCCACUCGAGGGGGGAUAUCUCGUUUAUUUGGUUAUGGAAAAAUUACCAGGUGAAUGUAUUCACCCUGGUGUGUUUUGGGGGUAUUGGGAUAGAUGUGAACGAGAUGCUUUUCGGGGGGCUUUUGAGGAGGGUUGGGUAUGUUCUUUUGGGAGCGGGUUAUUGGGAAGGUGCGAUGUACUGAUAUACUAAUACCUUCUUCUUCUUCCCAUAUUAGAAUCCUCCAAAAACUAAGCAUAGAAAAUCGAGACAAAGCCAUGCGGAAUUUACUGUACGAUCGAGAGGGUGGUAGAUGGUUAGUUUUCCUUUCCUUUCCUUUCCUUCUCCCCCAAAUCCAACCUACACAUACUAACCACCCACCCCCCAAAAAACCAGUUAUUUCAUAGACUGGGAAACAUGGCGAUAUCGCCGUGAAGAAGCCUGGCCCCCUCUUCCGAUCUUACAAUAUUCUUAUGAUAUGAUUCGGGAGAGGGAAUUGGGUAUGGGUGAUGAGGAUGAGGGUGAGGAGAGGUGGGAUAGGGAAUAGGUAUUAUGUGGCUGAUUAUGGUGCAUAUAGGGGAUAGAUAGAUGGGUAGAAUUUGGGUGAGGUUUAUAAUUUAUUUGGAAAUUGGGAAUU